GAAUUCUCUCGCUCGUGCCGCAUCUGCCAUCCCUGCCAUGACCCGCAGCUUUGCUCAGGCUGCCAAGAACCAGAAGUACUACAUUCUGAUGUACGAUUAUGUCGAGGGUAUUCUUGAGAAGAGAACCCCUUUCCGCGCUGGACAUCUGAACCUUGCUAAGGAGCUUCAUGCGAAGGGAACGAUGUUCAUGAUUGGCGCUUAUGCCAACCCCCCAGAUGGAGCUACCUUCAUUUUCAAGGGAGAUUCUCCUGCUGUGUGCGAUGAAUGGCUGAAGCGCGAUCCUUAUCUGGCCAACAAGCUCGUCACCGACUACAGAAUUCGUGAGUGGUGCGUUGUUCCUCUUGAAUAAACUAUACUAAUACUGAUAACACAGCAAUAACACCA